GACAACAUGGGAUGUUUCAAGCGACGUCUCACGUGGAUUUCGGAAAGAGUGGAGAGAGGGGUUCCUUUCUGACGUGGCAGUGUGGUGUCUUGUGCGUGGCAGGGGCACGUGUGGCUACGGUGGACCAGGACAAGAAUCUGAACCAGCAGAAUGAUGGCCUUCCUGUAAUGCCCUUUAGUGCUCGCAUCCUUGCGAACUUGUACAAACUUUGCAAGAAGAAUCCACCCACUGUUUUUGCUAUGCGAGAGGCUUUUGAUGAGACCGGUCACAAGGUCACAGUCAAUUUGGGGUUUGGAAACGAGACGGCUGUGUCCCAAAUUUGUGUGGUCCACCACUACCUUGUGAUUUGUUGGUUGGUCGGGGGCGAACAGAAAAUGAUGUGCAUGCCUUUGGUGAUUCCUCCACUGCUAGUUCUUACACCAAGUGCACCACAGCUAUACUAUGCCACCACCAACCACCCAAUGCUCCACACCAUCCGUUCUUUUGAGAGACUCAUUGCUGAAACAGCAGGGGAACAGAUUUUGCUCCAAGAAACCGACUCGGCGACAGCAAAUGAUCGCCUUUAUCAUUUCAAGCUGAAUCGUUUUGACGGAGAUCGUGCUUUGCGAGAGUGCAUGCCAUGCUUAAACCACCAAGUCACUAGGCACUUGCUCUUCCUGGCAUUAGUCGAUACACGUUUGCACAUCGUGCUCAAGUCGGGGUACGCAUCCAUUCCUGAUUGGGAGCAGGAGGCCGAAGUUUCUGGAACUAGCGGGGGCAACUUGAAAGCGAGUGCUCUGCUUGUUUUUCGAAAAGCUUACAUCAGUGGCCAGAAAAAACUGGGGUCGGAAGUCAAGAACUGGUUCUCAAAGGAUGCAUGGGCUGAAGUGAAGGCUGCCUUUGCAUCUCUGCCAGUGGAAACCCAGGCAAGCUACCAGGCACUUGCAGACUCUUGCAACACAUUGCGUGCGGAGUCCGCAAAGACAAAAGCACUUGCCGAUCAGUUUGAGUUUGAGAAUUCAAACUCUUCUGGAGCUGCCGUGAAAUCUGCACAGUCGGAUUUAGCAAUCUGCCCGGUGCCUGCGGGACCAUUGAAUGUGCUGCUAGGUUCUUUGGAUUUCAAAGAGUUGCGAGACAAGAUGGCAUCUUUGGAAGAGUUUGUUGCGCACUUAGCCCACCAGCACCAAGACCUAGUUUCAAAAUGCUCGAAGGCACCAGUGAACAAUGUUUGGCCAAUAGAUGAAAGCAACAUUUUGUCUUCACUGAUGGGUAUUCGUUGCGCAAAGAAGUCUUUGGUCGAGUGCACUCAGGCCUUUAAGUCGCUCCUUCAGGUCACAGGGUGCGAUGCAACUUGGAAUCCAAUUUUGGUAGAAGUUCCGGUGGACAAUCAAGCGGGGUCAUUGGUGGAGAAGAGUUCCGGGGCAGCAAGAGGGGCAAGAGCCCAAACCAGAAACAAAACUGGUGAAAUUGACAUGUUGAGCUGUGGUUUCGAUUUGGGCUUAGACUUAGACUUGGCCAUUGCAAAUCCGGAACCACAGGUGCUGGAGGCAGAGCCUGAACCAACUGAUCAGAUUGAUGAUCACAGUGUCAAUGAUCCAACCCCCCCUUGUCGAGAGGAAAUUAUUGAACAACUUUUGGCCGCACUUGAUGUGCAAGUCAACUCAGAGGAAUACCUGGAUGUAGGGAGUUCCACUGCAAAUCAGAAGGGGGUGGAUGAUUACCGAGGGCUGUUGGGUCAAGAUGAGUUGGCUGUUUUGGAAGAAAUUGACAAGAACUUUUCAACCAAAGAGCCUGCAGCUUUUGUUGAAGAUCCCCAAGCUCAAGAUGCAAACUGCAGCGAGGGUGCCGAUCUACCAGGUGAAGAAGAAGAGCUGGCAUUUGAAUUGGGUUUUGGCAAUGCUGAAGUAGAUGACGCAUUCGGUUCUCUCCAGAACAAAAUGGAUGUGCCAACCGGCCCUGAUGAGGUUUUGCUCUGUGGAAUUCUUAGUGAGCCGAUCCCUCCAGGGCGGCUGGAAAGCAGUGAGGAGGGACGAGCGGAGUUGACAAAGGUUAGGGCCAUUGCUAAAAAGUUUGGCAAGAGGCAUGUGACUGCUCAUCGUCGUUGCUCUGGUGCUGGAUUGAGCUUUGGCUACGUGCUUUCUUCACGCACUUGGGCAGUAUGUGCAGCGCGACCUUUGCCCGAAAGCUUUGCUGCUCGGCAAAUCCAGAUGAUUGAGAAGAAAUCAGAAUGUGACAGCUUUCUGGCUGGGACCUUCUGCUCUGGCACAGUUGAAGAUGAAAAGAGAGCUUUUCUACAAGAUUUCUUUGACAUGAAGUACUGCUUCACAGACGUCUUGGAUAUGGAAAAACAUGAUGGUAGAAUGUUUGAUGUGAAAUCACAGAAUUGGCACAGGGAACGAUCGCAGUUCAAGCUACCUCCAGAUGAUGUCAUGCAAAGCUUUCCUGCGCUGAGGGUGCUGACGCAGAGACAGCAGGAGAUCUUGUAUUUGAAAGGCUUGAAACAAUUUCCCGAUAAGGAGUUUCGGGUCAUUGAUUUGUCCCAAACGCUGAUGUUUUGCAAUAUGGUGAAAGACAAAGUUCCUUGCAUUACCCCCGCAGGGCAAAAGUUUUUGACAAAGCCUGUGCGAUACUUGGAGGGGUCUGAGGCACUCCAGCUCCAAGGAAUUUACCUGGACCACCAGAAAUUGUUGAAGUACAGUUCCGGGUUCAAAAUGGACCUUGCCGGGAAUGCUUUUGAGACGUCGUGUUGUGGCGCUGCAUUUUUGUGCAGCCUGAUGUUUUGUGCCAUCAAUCGGCGAUGCGGGGCCAGUUCGAGUGCAAUGCCCCAUGUUCCCAGAGAAGAUGUCGAGGGCCAAGAGCCGGUUGAAGAGACUUUGCAGACUCCCUCUGAGUAUGACCAGUACAUGGAUGAGUUGCAGGAAUUUGAAGAUGAUAAGGCUAAGGACAAUGACAAGAGCAACGAGAAGAAGGACAAGCGACGUAAGAUGGGAGAUACCAUGGACAAGUCCCUCUCAGCAGGCAAGAUCACCUAUCAGGGACAACCGCUUCGGGGAGUCAUCUUGGACGAAUCGCAUGGCCGCCCUGUGGGCUCGAUUGCAAUGUACGGUGAGGAUAAGAGGUUCGUUCAGCAGGCGGGUGAGAUUCUGAACUCCAAAAAUUCCAUCGAUGAGGGCGAAGUGGCCCAGACAUGGGGCGCAAUGCAGAAAAGAACGCAGGUGAAAGGCAUUGAAGUGGACAAGGAUGGCACAGUUGGUAUCGCGAUGAGUGGGAAAGGAAGCGGGGCAAACCCUUUGACUGCUUUGCUUGACACUGACUUGGAUGAUUUGUGGGGAAACCGUGGCCUGACCGAAGCAUCUUCCAAGGGGAGCAAGUCCAAGAAGGCUGUUGCAGAAUCUGCAGAGGAAUCCCAAGCAGAUGCGGAUCACGACAACGAAAAGGAAGCAGAGGAAGAAGAUAGCCAGCCGACGUCGAAAAGGUCUUCGUCAGCUGCGGCCAAAGCUCUUGCCGCAGCAAAGUCCCAGCCGCAGUUAGAAGAUUCCAAAGAUGCAGAAGCUCAGAACCAGAACCCACCAAAGAGGAGAAAAACAGGGAAGCAGCCAGAAAAAGAACCUGAUUCCAUGGCUCUGAGCAGCAUGCAGGUAGCACUUGCGCAGGCACAAGGGAAAGGCACUUCCAAGGGCAAAAAGGUAGGGAAGGGUGGCAAAAGUGCCAAAGGGCUUGCUUCUGCGAAUUCUUCUAGCAGCAAGGAUAUCAACAAGACCGAUGCAGCUUAUCAAGAAGCCUGCAACCUCCUGCAAGGUCUUGAUGAUACGCAGGGGAUCUUUACAUUGACCGUGGCAAAGUGGACUGCAGCCAUCGAGAAAGUCACUGGCCGUUUGACCCCAGAGGCUAUGGAUUCCAUUACCAGUGGAAGCCCUGAACAGAAAGCCAAGGGAUUGCAGCUCAUCGAAAGCCUCCGGAUUGUGGAGGAGCAGUUGAAAGCUUCACACAAAUUGGUUGAAUCUUUGGGGGCGGCGGAGGGUGAGCCAUUGAAGCCAGAAUUUAUGAGGGCUGCGCUGUCACACGCAGUCAUGUCCAACGUGAAAGUCUCGCCGGCUGUUCACGACAUCCUUGCGGUCAGGACAAUCACAUGCUACCAGCAGGCUGGUGAUUGGCAAGCUAUCCAGUCCUACUUGCUUGAGGCUCUUACCGGUACCUCGCUCAAACCUGCUUCGAAGAUGGAAAUUUUGAAGCAUGGUGUCGCAGCAGCUCUGGAAAUCUUGGUGGCUGACUUCCCCCGGCAGAGCAAAGAAGAGCAUGUUGAGAAGGAUGGUGAGCUUGUCGUCAUGUCACCGGCCAAAGAAUUUCAGCAGCAGGUUGAGUUCGCGAUGCUGGCGCUUUCUGCUAUGGAACUGACCUUUGACAGUGUAACCGAGGAGAGCAUGACAAGAUACCAAUCGGCUAUGAAAUCCUUGAUGAAUGGUCCCUUCAAGAAGACCUUCUUGGUCCAGCCCAUGGGUGCCAAGAUUUCGGAAUCCCUCGCUGAGUACAUAGCAUUCCUGCGAACAAAGAAGGCUGUUUGCUUGGAAAUGGUUAGCUUGAAGUCCCUUCUGAAAGAGCUGGUGGUGCCAACUCCUGCUGCACUUUGCGGACAUGGGAAGUGUGAUGAUGAUCAGUUGGUUUUCCCUGACGUGACAAAGUGGGCUGAUCUUGCAACACGCCUUGCAAGUGUGCAGGGCAACAUUUCGAACCAUGCUUUGCGUGAAGUUGUGGAGGCUGACUUCGACAUAGUUUACCAGAAGCAGUUGGAGCUGGCAGGGGUCAUCAAAGACGCUUUGUUGGAACGACUUGGCUGCCAUAUCCCCACAUGGAAGACAUUGCUGGGAUUUUGCCUUUUCAUGAAGAAUGACCAGAUUGAUUUCGAAAGCCCCGAGGUCGCCAAGGAUUUGAAAGCCAUGGCAUGCUUUGACUUCAAGAGCCGAACAAAUUUCAGCAGAAUCCUCGGGCACCAUUCCGAGGUGGUUGAGGAAUAUGUGCAUGCACUUCAGCCGUUCCUCCAAAGAAUCCCCGCAGCUAUCUCCCUUGUUCAGCAAAUUCUUGCACAGAAACCUUGCAAACUCACAGAACUGGUGCAAGGUCCUUGCGGAACAUAUUUCAAAACCCUUCUGGACCUGAAGUCAUUUGUGGAGCGAAGGGAAUUGGAGAUCGUGCUGGAAGGAGAAAAAACUUUGAACAAAGGCACCCUUGACCAAGCUCUCCAGAAAUUGGUUCAACAUGCGGGGAAUCAAGUUGCUGUGGCUUUGGUCCCCGCGAAAGAUCUUGUCACAGGGCUGUUGGGCUUGGAUGUUCCGGUGGCAGAAUUCUUCAAGGAAUCCUGUGUCACCGCCAAUUUGACAGAGGUGGUCUCGGAGAUCAAGGAGGUGAAGAAGCUUUAUGACUUCAGUGAUGGCCACGAAGUUCAUUGUGCAGCUCUGAGCCCUGGUGGCAUCAGCACUCUUGACCUCUGCAAUGUAGCCGCCAUGGCACCGGCAUCUUCUGUUGUCGUCAAGCUGGUGAACCAGAUUGGCGAAGGAGUGGCCCAUCCGCACUUUUGGAAGGAACUUCUGGGUUCCAAGCAGAAGCCUGCUGAGAUGAAAGGCAAGCAGCCUGAGUACUUGCAGAAGCUCUUGACUUUGCAGUCGGAUAUGUUGCAAGCACGCCAGGCCCUUGAAGAUAUCAAGCUGUCGGGCCACAAGCGGGUCAACGAGUACCUGUGCUUUUGCAAGGACAAGUUUGAGGAGAAUGUGGUGGCCUUUCUCAAGAAUGUGAUCAACGCACAUGAGCAAGAUUGUGUGGAGUCAAUGGCUUUUUUCUUGGACGGCAAGGAUGGCGACUCCCUCCAAGUCCUGCUGAAACUGGCCGUGAGCUCAAAGCAUGUGGAGGAUCCAGAAGCACACAAAGCUUCGAUUGCCCAUGCUGACUCCGAUUUGUUCUACGUUGCGGUGAACAAAUUGACGAACCACCACAAGGCCCUGGAAGCAUCUUUUGCCAGCAUUAGUGAAAAGCUGGCUCUAGGGGAAGAAAAGGGAAUCGAACAGAUGAGUCAGAAACUCAAGGAUCUCAACAGCAAGAUUAAACCGAUGAAUGUGAUGCUAGCAAAUCUGGUUGGUCUGACGGCCCUGUACAGCCCCGUGUCCGAUGAAAAAUCCAAAUCGGGCAAAGACCCCAGACUUGAAAAGGUAGAGAAGUGUGUUCAUGGCGUGAUGAAG